AUGAGCGAUUUGUCCCAAAUUAAUCCGGACUGGCAUUCAGUGUCUAUAGAGUUAUUGAAGAAUCCAUUUGAUCUAGACCUAUGGCAACAGUUGGUUCACUGUGCGACUUACAGCAAUGGCGUGGUCCUUGAUAAAACUGCUAGCGACGCACAAGUGCAUCUCUUACGGGUGUCCUUUGAUUCUCUCCUUCAUCAAUAUCCGUUAUUAUCCAAAUAUUGGACAGCAUACGCCGAAUGGGAAUUCAAGCUCGGCUUUAUUGAAAGAGCUAAUACUGUUUAUCUAAAGGGUUUAACUUAUGUUGGAUUUGAUUUAAGCUACUGGCUUGAUUACUUAAGAUUCAAACUUCGAGUCAUAGGUGAUGAUACUCAAGAAGUUCUAGAACUCUUCGAGGAAGCUAGGCUCAGAAUAGGGUUCAACUUCCAUGCUUCAGACUUUUACUUACUUUAUCUUUCUUUUUUGCGAUCAUAUGCUACAAAAGACAAUGGUUACUAUGAAAAGUCAAUAUGGCUCAUUCGAAGUACGGUUGAAAUACCUUUGUACAAUUACAGUCUCCUAUUCAGGGAGAUGAUGGAAGUCAUCAAUCCUAAAUCACUAACGUUCAACAAUUUACAUCUUUUGAUACCUGAUUCACAGUUAAAGACUUGGAAGACGCAAACGAAGAAUAAUUUGUCUACUAUCUCUAAGAGACUUGAAAAGACUUUUACUGAUGCAUAUGUCGUCAAUCAGUACAAGAGCUAUCAAAUCUAUUCGUUCGAAAAGAAUAUCGUUUCUGCGCUCUAUUACGACAAUCAUGUCCUAAGCACUAAUCAGAUAGAAAGCUGGAAGCAGUAUCUUGAUUUUGCUGAACAGAAUCAUACCUUUUCGUAUGUUUGUCAGCUCUAUGAAAGAUCAUUGGUUUCGACAGCAAAAUAUUGUACAAUAGUACUCAAAUUUGUGGAUUAUUUAGUCCUGCAAAAGAAGUUUAGCAUGUGUCGGCAGAUAUUGCGGAAGUUCAUAUCCGUUAAUCCAAGUCGAAAUGAUGUGAAAUUGCUCAUUCGUCUAGUUGAUUUAGAGGUGUAUUUGGGCUAUUUCGAAAGAGCAAGAGAUAUUGUUGUGAAUUAUUUGGCCUUGAAUAAAACUGCCCCUAAUUGCAUCUAUUCAAAAUUGUUCGAAGUGGAGUCCAUGUUUCAUUUUGAAGGUGAUGAUGAGUAUUUAAGUGGUUUGGCCUUGCAAAUCAUAAGGCAGACAAAAUCUCUUGAUGUUUUAAGCAGAAUAUCUACACGCAUGUCUGAAUCCAUGUUGGCACGUUUGUUAAGUUGCCUCAAUGCAGAGUAUGAUGAAUUAGAUUCCGAAAUGAAGCGUUUACCUAUGUUCAGCAAGGAAAGACUUUCAAUAAUUAGACUGGCAUAUCCUAAUCAGAAGAAAUUGGAAGAUUAG